UCACUGAAUUAAGCCAUGAAAGUUCACCGGUUUCGACAGCUGCGAUAGCCUAUAACGAGGUGCACUGCCCGCUGGAUUUACCCCCACCCGCGAAGUCGACCACAGAACUUUGCUUUCCCACAGUAACCCACAGCUGUGCGGAAAUGACACAGCAGGCGAGUGCCGUCACGUCACGCGAGAGGGCACAGACAAGAAAAAACACGGCGGACACUAACACGGACAACACUCAUCCGUGUACAGAAAUACGGGGAUACAGGCAGCGGACAUGCUGUUCGCGCAUUAAACUAGUUUGGAAGACAGCGUGAAUUCGCCGAGGACAUGAAUUCAUCCGAGUUUGCGGAGAACUCGGACGGGGAAACCUCAGAGAAAGGUGAGCCAAGAGACUGAGGCUGUGCCGGGUGAAGACUGAGUCAGAGGAUCCGGUCAGUUGUGCGGAGUCGGUGAGCCCCGGGAGGAUUCCGGGAAGCACCACUGACGGGGCGGGAAAGCGGACCGCCGCACGGACCCCCCCAGAUGGGCCGGAGGCCGAGCUCGACCGCGUCGCCGCCACCAAGAGGAUGAAGGUGUGCGCGGAGGGACUGAGGACGAGGGAGCACACAGCGGAGCGAGUCGGCAGGCACACAGCCAGGCCACGCCCCUCAGGCCUGAUGUCGCCGGCGGAGGGCAAGGACCCGCCUCCGGAGAGGACGAUCGCGUCCUACAGGAAGCCCCUGUACAGCAUCUCCCACAGGAUCACCGAGAAGAAGGCCGCCUCGGGGCUGGAGCAGCACAUCCUGCAGGAGCCCGGGGGGGGCCGGCUCAGCUGCAGCGGCCUGCUGCUCCCCAAGCUGGGCGGGGGGGAGGCGGGCCGGCGCGAGCCCAGCCCCGCCGCCGGCACCGCCGGCACCGCCGGCACCGCCGAGGCCGACUUGACCCUCUACCCGCUGAUCGAGAAGAUGUUCUUCAUCCUCAACACGCUCAACUCCAGCAUGACGCAGCUGCACAGCAAGGUGGACCUGCUCUCCCUGGAGGUCGCCCGCAUCAAGCGGCGCAUCGACCCCCCCGCCGAGCGGGUGGCCGAGUUCCAGCCGCCGCCCGAGCACCGGCUGACGGCCGAGGAGCUGCGGCAGCUGGCGGAGCAGACCUCGUCGGCCGGCGAGCUGGGCUGCCGGCUGCUGCUGCAGCUCUUCCCCGAGCUCUUCGCCCCCGAGUACGGCGGCGGCGGAAGCGGCGGCGGCGGCGGCGGCGGCUGCAGCGCCUGCGGCGGGUUUGGCGGCAGGCGCCCCCCCGACUCGCUGCACCUGCAGCUGGUGCGCAACUACGUGGAGGCCUGCUUCCCGCUGGCGAGGAACGGCGAGGCCUGGCAGGCCCAGUGCCUGCCGCAGAUCAACGACUUCUUCAGCCGCUUCUGGGCGCAGAAGGACAUGGAGAGCGCCGGCCGCCGGGCCCCCGUCGGCCUCGCGUUCGAGCCGGAGCCCGGGCAGGCGCCGGCCUGCCACUACAUCGACGAGGACGGCCGCGACGAGGAGAGCCUUUCCCCUGAGCCCCGCGGCGACAACCUCAACAACGGCGGCGGCAGCAACGGAAACUUGGCGUCGGACCUGGUCUUUGACGCCCAGGAGGUGGGGGAGGACCUCGAUGACCUCUCCUCCCCCGGGGACUUUGCGGUCUUUCUCAUGCACCGGCUCUUCCCCGAGGUCUUCGAGGAAGGGAAGGUGCCGGAGGGCUACGGUUGCUACGGCGGCAGCGGCGGCAGCGUGGGGAAGCUGAUGCUGGACUCCGAUAGGCUGGAGGUCAUUCGCAAGUACAUGGAAGCCAACUUCCCCGACGUGCCGGAGGACAGCUGGCUGCAGCUGUGCGUCCAGCGCAUGGAGGAGGUGCUGGAGUGCGCCCAGGGCAACGGCGACGGCAGCGAGCCCGAGAUCGCCCGCGGCGACGAGAGCUACGACUCCGCCAGCCUCCCCGACGACGUCUCCAUCGUCAAGAUCGGCGGCGACUUCCGGGACUACGAGAGGCCCGGCCAGGCGUGCAAGCAGGCGAAGAAGUCGUCCCUGGUGCCCGUCGAUUUCGACAAGGUGGAGAUCCCGCCGCCGGACUUCGACGUCCCGCCGGAGCACCUGCUCUCGCGCGAGCAGCUGAAGGCCAACUACGAGUGCAGCCUCUCCAUCGGCAACUUCGCCUCGCGCCUGCUGGUGCUGAUGUUCCCCGAGCUCUUCACCUACGAGAACGCGCGCAAGAACUACAACUGCAGCGGCUCGCUGGGCAAGAAGCAGCUGGACCCCGUGCGGGUGAACCUGAUCCGCCACUACGUGCAGCUGCUGUACCCGCGCGCCAAGAACGACCGCGUCUGGACGCUGGAGUUCGUGGGCAAGCUGGACGAGCGCUGCCGCCGACGGGACACAGAGCAGCGGCGGUCCUACCAGCAGCAGCGCAAGGUCUACGCCCCCGACCCCGAGCCCGCGGACUUCGCCGGGGCCGCCGGCCAGGCGCCGGGACAGGCGGCGCUCGGCGGCGAGCGCUUCAGGGACGACUUCGAGAUCCCGCCGCUCCCGCCGGAGAAGAGCAACAAGGACUUCUGCAAGAUCCCGCUGGAGGAGCUGACGGUGGGCUGCCCGGACUUCCCGGUGCCCUCCGCCUACCUGCUGUCGGACGCGGAGGUGCGGGAGAUCGUCCAGCAGAGCCUGUCGGUGGGCAACUUCGCGGCCCGCCUGCUGGUGCGCCUCUUCCCCGAGCUCUUCACGCAGGAGAACCUGCGGCUGCAGUACAACCACUCGGGCGCCUGCAACAAGAAGCAGCUGGACCCGCUGCGGCUCCGGCUCAUCCGCCACUACGUGGAGGCCGUCUACCCCGUCGACAAGAUGGAGGAGGUGUGGCACUACGAGUGCGUGCCCAGCAUCGACGAGCGCUGCCGCCGGCCCAACCGCAAGAAGUGCGACAUCCUGAAGAAGGCCAAGCGCUCCAGCGCGGUGUCGUACCUAUGAGACGCGCGGGA